UUGAUAUGUGAUGCUGUGCUUGCAGCGGCCGGAAAACUACAUCAGUCGCUGUAUGAAAACGAUGAAUUUCAAUUGGAUAUUCCUUUUAUUCAUUUUACCUACUCCUUAAUUCAAGCUCGUUUGGUAAACUUUUCUGAACUUGUUCAUGCUGUUCCUGAUAUGGUUCAAACAAUAUUGAAAAAACGUGAUCAAUUGGAUGUUGGUGAAAUGGUUUGUAUUACCCAUCAUAGUAAAACAGUAACGAAAUUGUUUUUCAAUUCUGUUAAUUCCUCUUUAUCAUCGGUUAAGCUGUUGGUGAGGUAACUUAUAUCUUGGCCUUCUGCGUAAAUGCAUGCGUGUACUUCUAAACCGAUAUGCAGCUGGUGCCUUUAAAAGUUUCGAACUUUGAUUUACCUAGAACUGUAGAAAAACCCCACAUAAAACUAAAACAUCCAUUAUGCUGAAACAACUUUUGUUGUAUCGAAUUAGGGCAACAAAAUAUUUUUCAUUGAAUCCCCAUGACCUUUUAGUAAUUUGUUUAAAUCAGCAGAAUUGGUAACAUGAACUUCGUUGGUCUGCAAUAAUCAGGGGCGCCGGAAGCAACAUGAAGCGGCGGGGGACCCAUUUAAAAAGGGCACUUACUCUUGAGCCUUAUUUUUUUUUUUUGGGGGGGGGGGCAAUGUUCGUUAACAGUUUGCUGUAUAACGGAUUGCGGAUACUUCAUUACUUGUAGCUAAUACAGUUAGACAAAUUUCGGCAUGGAUUGGAACAUUUUUAUUCGUUGCAUGACACUAAAGACUAAAAUGUAUUGUAAAGCAACAUGACAGUUGUCAGUUACUUAGGAAGGCUUCCUUUUUCACUUUUUCUCAUAGGUGGAAACUGAUUGGUAACGUUUCUGAGAGGAAUUCAGAUUCAAAUAUGAGCUAAAUUGUUUAAAAACAAUUCAUGUGAAAAACGCACGACGUUCGAAAUGCAGUUCUGGUAAAAAAGGCAACCUGCUGCCCGUGCUGCCCCCGCACUGUUUAGGCAACGGGGGCAGCUGCCCCCGUGGUUCCGGCGCCCCUGCUGCAAUUAUUGCUGAUUACGGGUGGCUCCCUACAAUUUUAGGUCUGUGUCACGGAAAUUUUGUCAACGCGCGAGAUUAGUAGUGCUACACGCAACACGCGUGGUCGACGUUGCACGCGUGGCGGGUUUUUUGAAUUUGCGGUUCCAACGAAUAUAUUUAUUGCGCUAAAACAUCGUGAUAUACACGCGCGGACCUUCGUGGGAUUGUCGGCUGGUCACGCGAGGAAAUUGAAAUCCUGAUUUUUGUGACGUCACAUAGAUAAAAUAAAUGUAUUUUUCUCGUGUUUCUUUCUGUAAUUUUUUUAAAACUUCACACACUUUCCUGUAAUCUUGAAGUGCGUAAAAUGUGCACAUUUUAAGAAAAUCGUACGAGCCGAAUUUUUUUUAUUCCAAAAACAGGCCUUUCUGAGGAUUAAAAAAAAUUCUCGUACGAUUUUUUUUAAAUGCUAUCAUUUGAAGGAAUUAUAGGUAGAUUACUGUGUGCGAAAAAUUAAAAAGUUUUGCCGAAGAAAUUUUCAAAAAAUGAUUAAAGAAUCAUUAUUACAAUUACCAUGGCAACGGGGAUUUUUAACGACAUUUUUUAUUUCUCGUAAAUCGCGAUAUUGUAGCAGUUAUGUGGCGGAGUUUCGUGAUUAUACUUUGCAAGAUGAUGAAAUAAUUGUUUUAAUACAAUUGUGUGCUGUACAAUCAAAACUGUAGGGAGCCACCUUGAGACGUCAUUGUGAAUAUUUUGGAUAUAUACUAGACGUUUCCAAUACUAUGCUGCAAUUUGACUGAUUUAAAUCCAGUUCUAGUACUUGGAUUUAUAGUCUUGAACAUCAAGUAGAGAUUUUAAAUAAAGAGUCCUAAUAAAAUUUCUAUUUGGACUAUUACAUAAAAACAAGAAAAAUAGCCUGCCAGUAAUCAGACAUUAUAAACAACUUAUUAGUUCACGUCAGCUUAAAAAGAAAGAAAAACUCUUCUCGAAGUUUCGAGCGUAUAGAACCAUCGUCACAAGAGUUGGUAGGUAUAGGAUACACUGCUUUUAUACUAACGUUAUACAAAGGUAGUAAAUUUUAGGAAAACAAACCAAUCAUGACAAUAACAAGGUCAACACAUUUAUAUUAUUAAGUAAGUCUGCACACAGUUUCCAAACCAAUCUGACAAAGCAAGAAUUAACAAAGUUUUGCUGAAAAUUUCUUACAAUUAAGCGGCUAUCUAUUUCAUCAGAAUUAGUAAAAUUGCAAAGUUUAAGCGCAAGAUAUUAUAAAAUAAGGAUAAUAUGCCUUUAUAUGCAAAAUUUUGAUAUUCUGUAUACUUUUAUAUUGCGGAAGCUGUUUUUUUUCUUGCCGGGAGGGCAGAUCGCAGAAGCAAUUAAAUAUCUGCUUCUGCGAUAUAAAAAUAACUAUAUCUAAAGUGCGUAAACCUUAUACAAGGCCAUGUUCCUAUCGUAGGUUUUGCAUGAAACGAAUUUCAUCUAUUUUGAUAUUUUACCAUUUUGUUUGUAAUUGGUGAUGUAGGCAUGCAUUUACUACAGUAGGGCCUAUAAGUUGUCAGGGUACAAUAUCAGUAUACUAAUUCAACUCAACCAGAGCGAGAACGCUAUACAAUUCUAUAUAAUCUCUACAAACCAUGGUUGAAUUGACUCUUGGCACUUGCCACUAAGAUUUGCAAUUUUACUACUGUUGACGUGCUCUUAAGCUGUGGUGCUAGAUCUUUAAUUCCCUGCCUUAUUAAAAAUUUGAAUAUCCCGUGAAAAGGUCUUAUAAAUAGUGUUAGAAAAACUGCUAUAUACAGACCAAGGCAAUACAUUGUAAGACUGAUUAAGUCACUUCAUGAUUCUGAUGCUUUAGUACAUCUUUUGCUUAUUUAAUUGUUCAUUUGCAAUACUUUCAGAUUCUGGAUGUGGUGGCACUUGAGUGUUGCUUGCAGCAAUUGGAACCAAAACCUAGAGAUCUAGAGAACGCUGAUAAUAGGUUGAUUUGGUGUAACCGAGUUCAAUGCAUUUUUCCUAUCAUACAAGUUAUGGAAGGUUUGAUUCCAAGACCGUCGCAACAACAGAUAGGAAAUGGUGACAAUGAGGCUAGGUUUCCUGCUCGAAUUUUUGGAGAAAGAUCUACUCAUUAUUUACAAAACUGCAGGUGUGUACUCAUCCUAUCCACUCCGUGACCCAUCGCUCUUUCUAGAGUGGGUUGCUUCUGAAUACGUAUAAGGUUACACAACUUUUCAUCAUACACACCUAUGAAUUUACGUUCUGUAAUACAAAAAAGUUUUCAUAAAUGUGUUGGGCCCAACUGAAAUAGGCCAAAAAUAUGAAUUCACAGCAACGAUGUAUAAUAUUGAUCACGUUUUCUCUGGUUUCCAAGAGCAUCCCCAUCUUGUUGGCAUGAGAUGGUCCUCGAGUAUUUCAUCCCUCGAAUAUUUCACGCUGCAACUUCAGAUCACCCCUGACAAAGACACUGGACUGUAGUUUCGAAACGUUGGACCGUGAAUGCAUUUCGACUGAACUUUGCAUUCAUUCAUUCAUUCAUUCACUAUACAGCAGCGAGCGAAAACCUAGGCUAUGCACUGCAUAUCUACUUUCAGAAAUCUAAACCGAUGGGAGGGAAUUACCUACACUAGUGCUAUUAUAGUGAUCAAUCCAAGCAGAGAAUUAUUUGCAAGUCUGCCGUGGAGGAGAUUGGAAACUACAUCUGAUAUACCCUUGAAAUAAUAUUUAUAUUUGUUCACGGAUAGAAUAUUUCAAUAUAUACAUGCCCCAAUUGUACUACGUGUGGUCGCGAGUUAUCUGACGCCUUGCGAAUGUAUGUUUUUUCAAACGUUAUAGCACAACGGAUGUACAAAAAUUGUACCUUUUGUCAAGUGGUAUACUGUAUUCCAAUCGUCUAAACAUUACGUUUAAGCAUUUUCCGACUUAAACUGACAUUGCUUAUUCUUUAAUUUCAUGUGUUUUUUUAAAUGAAACCAAUAACCAUGUAAACGUUUGAAUUAACUUGCAUGAUAAAUACACGAACGUAUUUCUCUUUUUAGAACCACGUGGAUUCGUCUAGAUGUUGUACGUAUGUUUAUUGAACAUACAUGUCCACCUGGACAGUCAACCCAUCCAGCAGAUGCAAAGAACGCUUUUCUACUGUCGAAG